AACUGUGCCGACCCACACGCAGAGCGAUGGGCUAAGGUCCGAAGACCCAGAAUGGUAGAAGAAGCUGAACAAGGCCUUGGGCCUUAAAUGCAAGAUGGGAGAAUCGCAGAGAGGCGAAAGGGAGAGAAAUAGCAUGGGAAAGAAGAACGCAGACUUGCCCUUCUUCCUGGAUUAGAUGGGUUUUUGCUUUCGGCUGUCAAAGAGGAUUCGUCCAGUUCGAAUACAUUGAAACAGAGAGGAUGGCCGCUGUAUUAAUAGAACCAUCGACAUCAUCACAUGUAUUUCUUCUUCGUUUCUUAGACCGAACCAUCGAUACCAUCAAGCAAAAUGCAGCUCAAAUGUUUGCUAACAUCUUCUAUCGCGAACCCACUGUAGACCCAAAUGCUAGUAGGUGUGAUAGCUUUGUUUUUAGUUAUUCGUUCAACCAUCUCAUGGAAACUCUUACUCAUCCUUGUGGACUGAGAACUCAAGAUUGGUUUCCAAAUAACAAGCAAUGCAAUGAUGAAGGUGAUCCACAGGCUGUUUUCAAUGUUUUGGAUGCAAUGCUUAAGGGUAGUUUGGAGCGCUUGAAAUCAAUGAGAGAAGGCAUACCAUCUCUUAAAAUGGGUCUUACAGGACGUGUUAUGGAUGUUAGUUAUGCAGGACAUAUAACUUUAAUCAGGGAUUUAUCUUUGGCAGGCAAGUUGGGAGCGGCUCUAUUGCUGAGGAGAAAAAUGUUACAGAAGGGUUUUGUUCCUGAUGUGAUAACUCACAAUUAUUUGGUGAAUGGAUUAUGCAAAACUGGGGAAUUGGAUAACGCCAAUUGGCUUAUCAGAGAGAUGUUAGAAAUAGGCCCCUCUCCCAACUGUGCCACUUAUAAUACAUUUAUAAAGGGCUAUUGUCUUAUGAAUGAUGUUGAUAAAGCUCUUUUUAUUUUCUGCACGAUGAAUAAUUACGGUAUCAGGCCAAAUAGGGUCACUUUCAACAUACUUGUGCAUGCACUCUGCAAGAGGGGCCUUUUAGAGGAUGCCAAAAAACUUCUCAGCGAGAUAUUAGAGGAUGAUGAAGAGAAAACAAGCUCAGAUUUAAUUACCUCAACCAUACUUAUGGACGGUUGUAUCAAGAAUGGAGAUAUUAUUCAGGCCUUUGGUAUUUGGGAUGCCAUGACCCAAAAGAAUACCCUAAUAGAUGCUGUUGCAUAUAAUGUCUUCAUCCAUGGAUUGUGUUUGACUGAAGACGUGAAACUUGCAUAUAGCUACUCUUGUGAAAUGCUCAAAAGAGGAUUACUUCCUGAUAUCUUCACUUAUAACACUCUUAUAUCUGGUCUUUUUAAAGCAGGAAAAUCUUAUGAGGCUUGUUACAUACAUGAUGUAAUGUUAAGAAUGGGAGUUUCUCCUGAUCAGAUAUCAUACAAAAUGCUGAUUCAGGGGCUAUGUACCCAGGGAGAUGUCUCUAAGGCUAGUGAGUAUCUCCAUUGUAUGUUAAAGAAGUCAAUGGUACCAGAGCCUCAAGUGUGGAACCUUAUAAUUAAUGGUUAUGGGAGAUGUGGAGAUCCUGAUAUUGCAUUUUCUUUUAGAGAUCAAAUGAUAUCUUUUGGUGUUCUACCAAAUGUAUUUACCUACAAUGCAUUGAUACAUGCCCAUGUAAAAGCACAAAACAUUGUUGGUGCAUUUUCUCUUAAAAAGGAGAUGGUUUGUUAUGGUCUUUUUCCUGAUGUGGUUACUUACAAUCUUUUGAUCAGUGCAGCUUGUAAUGCCGGGCACAUUAAUUUUGCACUUCACUUGUAUAAUGAAAUGCUGGGAAGGGGAUAUGAACCAGAUAUGAUAACUUACACUGAGCUAAUUAAAGGUCACUGUAUGAGGGGAAAUGUGAAGGAGACAGUGGAACUUUUUAACAAGUUACUGAAUUCUGGUCUUACAGUUGAUCAUGUUCCCUUUCAGAUACUUAUCAAGAAGUACUGCAUAAUGGGGGAGACUGAUUGGGCAUUUGACCUCUAUCAAAAGUGGUUGGAAAGGAAAACGGUCUUCCACUAAGCCACAGAUAUGCAGGGGCACAUAUGAAUUAUUGGCUUUAAUGUUAGAGAAGAAUUUUACUGUGGAACUGAGGUGCACCUGGAGCUCUGGGAUUUAGUGCCGUGCAUCCAAUUUGGUGUCAGGAUUAUGAAGGAAUAAAGCUCUAAGUUGAUCAUAUAUGUUGGAGCUUGUAGCUUGUAGCGUUGUCAAGAGCACCAAUAAAGAUGAAAACGUCAUAUACAAGCAGCUGCAGUUACAUGCUCCAAGAAUUGAAGUACAGCUUUUUUGCAGUGUCAACACCUGCUUAUGAGAAGCAAGAUAUUUAACAAGUACCAGAUUCUUGUUGAUUUAGUACCUUUGUUAUUCAGUACUUGAUUUGAAACUCUUCUUUUGUUUCUGCAAAAGAGAGCUUUCGUUUAGGCUUCAGUAGAAGCAGCUGUACAAUGGAGUAUUCUUGUAUAAUUUCAUUUAAUUCGCGACCAAUGAUAUUGGAUCGAACCAAAAGAAAGAAAACCCAAGAUCCAAGCUGAGUGAUGUUUGUGAGGCCAAGAUUUUGAGCCUUGUUGAGAGCAAAAUGAUGGGCUGCGAAAUCAAGUAUAAUCAAUACAUAAUUCGUGCACUGCAGCACAGAUAGGUUGAUAAAUGUGUCCAGGCUAAAGUUUAUUCUCUAUUUGUCUCCCCACAUGGCAUGGAAGCUGGAAAGGGGAUUGAAUACCUAAAUGCAUCAUUAUUUAUAUAGUCAUUUGUGGUUAUAUGGUGGUUCUGUGCAACAGAGCAAAAGGUGGAGCUGAUUUGCAUUCAAUGGAGUCUGGUUUUCCUGGGAAAUACGCGCAUCGGUUUUAUCAUAUUAAGAAUGCUUUGCAGGUAUCUGCAUUUUCAUCUGGUUCUCAUAUACACUCCUUGUUCUUGGAUUUUAGCUUCGAAUGGAUGACAUUCCAAACCUGCUGGCAGAGUACAAGCAGCUUUCAUGAGACUGAAGAGCAAUUUAACAAUCUCCAUUUCUACGGGAAAAAAAAAAAAAAAAAUUGCCGUAUGGGUUUGCAUCUCAUUCCAUUCUGGCUUAAAGCUCUCAACUGUUCAGAAACUCAUCUGUAAACCGAUUUUGAUGAUAUAUGCUUUGUAAUUUUUACAUGUGCUAUUUAAAAUCUUGGGUUUUUGUUAAUCAUUUUUAUUAUAGCAACUAUUGACCUUUUGGGUAUUCAUGUCAUCACUUGUAACAUUUAUUCAAUACUGUUAAUGGAAUAUUGUUUUUGAUA